AAUUUCCUCUCAAGAUACCCUAGUGUUUUUGAUGAUGGGUGGUGCUCCAAUCAACAACCACCUCAUUUUCAACACCCUCAUGUCAUUUCCUGUCUAAAUCAACAACCUUCCCCUUUUUCUCCAAUCAUUUUUCUCUCUUCUUCUUCUUCAAAGGAUAAAAACUGUUAGAUUCAUUUGUCAAUGCAUCUGAAACUUUGUUGCUGAUGUUGUAGCUCUUAGAUAACCAGAGGGAGUUAUCAGCAUUCAUGCCAUUUCUGACUUUCAGGAGUUUCUCUUGAAGGGUGUUAUUGUGUUGCCUUUUGAUAAGAUCAAAUCCUGUCAAGAUGCCUGAUUUACCACCUGAGAUGAGACACAAUAUGUCAGAAGAGGCACACCCUAGUGUUCAUAGCAGUUGUGCAAAGUCAGGAAACAACUCACCAACUCAUCCCAAUAGUGUGAACCAAGCAGAAAAUGUCUACACUUCAGGAAGGGAAACUGGACAAUUGGACCAUGUUUCAAAAUCUGAUAAUGCAAAGUUGGAAGGUAAAUCAAGGCCCCAGAGGCUAAUUCCACCAAACAGGAACAUCUCUGACUUCAACCCUCAACAACACCAAAGUCCAAGCACAGUAAAGAAGCCUGGUCAAACCCCUGAUCACCAUCAUUCAAAGACAGUGUCUGUGUCAACCCCACAUGGAAAGACCUCGAAUCAUGCGAGCACUGGUUCUCGCAGUAACAGCUUAGAGAGCACAAGUGCACCCAUUAGGCCACAUACUGGGGGUGAUGUGAGGUGGGAAGCAAUCAACAUGGUUUCAAAGUGUGGCCCUCUCAAUCUCAGCCACUUCAGGCUUCUCAAGCGCAUUGGUUAUGGAGACAUUGGGAGUGUGUACCUUGUGGAUCUCAAAGGGACCAAGACCUACUUUGCCAUGAAAGUAAUGGACAAGGCAGCACUCAUAAGCAGAAAUAAGCUUCUGAGGGCACAGACAGAAAGGGAGAUUCUUGGACUCCUUGACCACCCCUUUCUCCCAACUUUGUAUUCUUACUUUGAAACUGAGAAGUUUUACUGUCUGGUGAUGGAGUUUUGUAGUGGAGGUGAUCUUCAUACUCUUCGACAGAAGCAACCUAACAAGUGCUUCACUGAAGAAGCUGCCAGGUUUUAUGCCUCAGAGGUUUUGCUAGCUCUGGAGUACCUGCACAUGCUUGGCAUUGUAUACAGAGACUUAAAACCAGAAAAUCUUCUAGUGAGAGAUGAAGGGCACAUCAUGCUCUCAGAUUUUGACUUAUCCCUUCGCUGCUCCGUGAGUCCUACACUAGUCAAAUCUUCAUCUGCACAUGCAAGCAACAAUAAUGGUGGCAACAGUGACUCCAGUGGCGUACUAAGUGAUGACCAAGCAAGCACUACUCAAGUAUCUAGUUUUUUUCCGCGCAUUUUACCUUCAAAGAAGAACCGCAAGGCAAAGUCAGAUUUUGGCCUAUUAGUUGGCGGAGCACGCCUUCCUGAACUGAUGGCAGAGCCUACCAAUGUGAGAUCAAUGUCAUUUGUAGGAACACAUGAGUAUCUUGCUCCUGAGAUUAUCAAAGGAGAGGGUCAUGGUAGUGCAGUAGAUUGGUGGACUUUUGGGAUCUUUUUGUAUGAGCUGUUGCAUGGAUCAACCCCUUUCAAGGGUGCAGGGUAUAAAGCCACACUUUUUAAUGUUGUUGGACAACCACUUAGGUUCCCAGAAACUCCCCAGGUCAGUUCAGUGGCUCGUGACCUUAUUAGGGGAUUGCUUGUGAAAGAGCCGCAGAAGAGAAUUGCAUAUAAAAGAGGAGCUACAGAGAUAAAACAGCACCCAUUUUUUGAGGGAAUGAACUGGGCUCUAGUCAGAAGUGCCACACCUCCCCACAUACCAGAUACUAUAGACUUCUCCAAAUAUGCCACCAAAGACGCAACACCCCCGGUGGACAAGAAGAUGGCAGAUAUUGCUAAUGAUAAACACAGCCAUAAUGCUAGUGAUUCUUACGUAGAUUUUGAGUACUUUUAGCAGUCAAAGUUCUAUAUGGAUAUAACACCCUUCUUUGACAAGAAUAUACUGUACAAAGUGUCACCUCUCUUCCCCAAAAAGAAAAUUGAAGACUUCUAUGAGAAACAUACAAUGUAAACAAGCAUGUAAAUUUGUUCAAAAACAUUCUUUUUCCCCCAUUUUUUUGAAAAUGUCUGUAAUAUUGUUGUAAGGACUUCCAGACUAGCACUGCUUGCAAAAUUCAGUGUUCAGAAUAUUUUUUGACAAUGAAAAGAUGUUUGUGGUACACGACAUGAGUUCUUCAAAUAUAGAAUUCUGUGGCUCAAGCAAAAUGUAAUUUUGGUGAUCUCAGAUUUGGAGUAUUUAGUACAAGUC